GACCUUUCCUGCCCCUCGUGUCAUAACAUGGUCGUCUUUGAACUGAACACUGUGGCAACGACAGCAACUGAUUGCUAACUGAAUCGAAUCUGCGACUCUAGGAUAACUUCACCGGAGCCAUGCCUCGGUACGAACUGUCUCUGAUCCUAAAGGCGAUGCAGCGGCCGGAGACGGCGGCUACUCUGCGGCGGACAAUAGAGACUCUGAUAGCGCGAGGAGCCGUGGUGAGAGACCUGGAGAACCUGGGGGACAGACUGCUGCCCUACAAGAUAGACAAACACAAUGAAAGGCACAGCCGAGGAUCUUACUUUCUGGUCGAUUUCUACGCUGCUCCCAGCAUCCUCACCAGCUUUCUGGAUCACCUGCAGCGAGAUGUGGACGUGGUGAGGUCCACUGUACUGAAGAAGGACGACCGGGUCUCCAGCAGCAACUGCUGUGGUCCCCAACAAUAACUGAAUGUUUCACUGCUCAUAUCCAGGAGAUUCGCUGUGUGAUGCUUCCCCUUUUGACCCUUUUUCAUAGCAGUCAGCCUGCAUUUGGAUGUAAUGUCAUGUUGUAAUAAACUACUGUUCCUGUCCUAUUUGCAAGUUACUUUUUACAUUGGACUCCGCAUGAUGUAGUCAUGCGAUGGCAAUUUCACUUCCUGUUUUCAUUCCAGUUUUAGAUGUGGUGUAUGGGCAAAUUUUAAAUUUGCCAUUCAGACUUGUUCAGGGCCCUCUGACAAAACUUGGUUAUUAACUAACUAUUGAGCUGUGACAUAUCUGCUAAACUUUUAUGAUUUGUCCUCAUGAGAUCAAAUUAAACAACCUUGCAUGACUUUAA